AUGAAGCUUUCUGCCGUUCUUUCUACCUUGAUGGUAGCCGGCCUGGUUGCCGCUGCCCCUCCUGCUCCACGUCCUACUGAUGUCCAACCUCAUCAUCACCCCAACCCUCCUCCUAACCCCCCUCUUCCCAGACCCCACGACAACAACAAGCGUGACGGGCCAAAGCCUCCUAAGGAUGAGCCUAAGCCUGACGCACCUAAGCCCAAGAAGGGUCCCCAACCUCACCAUCAGCCCAAGCCCAAGCCUCAAUCUCUUGAGGACGGGGCCCAUAUCAGAGACCCCAAGUCCCCACAGAAGCGCGAUGAUGGACCGAAGCCACCAAAGGACGGUCCCAAGCCUGACAAUGCACCCAAACCUAAGAAAGUCAACUCUCAACCCCACGAUUCACACAAGCCCAAGCCUCACAAGGAGGGCCCCGCUCCUAAAGAUCCUAGGCCUCCACAUGGGGACAACCACAAGCGCGAUGGUCCGAAACCUCCUAAGGACCAGCCGAAGCAUGACAAUGGUCCGAAGCCCCAGCCCAAGCCUCACGGCGACAAGCCGCACAAGGACCGCAAGCCGCAGAAUCAGCCUAGGCCGAACUAG